AUGAGCAUUAAGUUCCCAGUCCUGCUAACCUUCUUCUGUUUGUUAGCCUGCCACAGCCACAAGGCCGCACUGCUGAAGAGCUCAAACUUUCUGAACGAGAACAUCAGGCUGCUGCAGGAUAUCAUAAGGAUGAACGUUUCCUGUGACGAGAUGAACGUGACAAAUAUUUUUGCAGAUCGUAAGAAAGAAGACGAAGUUGAGAUCUUAUGCAAAGCUGCAACAGUUGCUCUGGAGGGCCAGAGCUGCCACAGGCAGCUAGAAGGUGUUUCCCUUAACCUACGCCACCUUGUAAGAAGGACGAGCACAGUCUUCGAGGCCCCCUGUCCAGUGGCAGCAGGCAACACUACUUCACUGAAAGAUUUUCUACUGGACCUAAACAAAGUCCACCAACAACUAGCAAAAGACAAUACAAUCUGAAGUGAAAACACCUUGUUUCCUACUAUAAUGACACUGUAUUUUCAGAGAUUAUUUAUAUCUAUUUUUAAAUAAAAGUAUUUUUGGACUAA